AUGCAGUUUCGAGAGAAUCGACUAGAAACUUAUGAAGGUGCCUUCCAGUCCAAGUCCAAACAGAAGCGAUACUGGACUCACGAUAAACCUUCACCGGAAGUACUAGCAGACUAUGGGUUUUUUUUUACGCCAACUAAGCUCAACUUAGAUCAAAUUACAUGCUGUUGUUGUAAGAAGAAAGAAACCAAUGUAGGAGGUGUCGAAAAUAUGGCACAGCACCACCUACAGUCGAACCCAAACUGUGCUCUAUCAAGGAUCAUAUCUCAACAGAUAUCUCACUUGAGCAGCGAUUCAACGCUGGAGGAAUUUUGGAAGGGAAAUCCUGAUGAAAUCGCUAAAGACGUGAAUUGCAAAGCUGCUGUUGACAUAAGGAAGAAGACAUUCGGCCUGAACUGGAAUUUCGAUAAAAGCAAGGGCUCCAAAGCAACUAGCUUAUCGUUGGCAAAGUCUGGCUUUUACUAUUGCCCGUUAAGGUAUGGUAAUGAUAGGGUUCAAUGUGUUUAUUGCAGCUGCAGUUUGGAUACCUGGCUGUCGAAUGAUGACCCAAUAGAGGAACACCGGGCCAAUGCCCCAGGGUAUUGUUUUUUCUUGGAGAAGUACAAUGUGGAACCCAAGCCUAGAAAGAAAAGAGUUGCGAAAUCUAAAAAGCUGGAAGUAUCAGAGAAUCAAGAAGAUGUUGUGAAUGAAAGUACUAAAGAAGUCACGAUCGAUAUGACUGACUUGAAAGAAGAGAGCCUACGCAAUGAAAUUAGUGAAAUGAAGAGUAUGUUGGAAAAGGAAGACGUUGAGUUUAGUGAUUUGGAAGAUACAGUAGAAACUGCACAAAGAGUGCGAGAGGAAGUAGGCGAAGUUGAUGACGACGAAGAAAUUAGACCCCCAGUUAGAAGAUUGAGAAACAGGAAAGUGAUUUCAAGUCAAUCUCAAGAAGACCAUAGACCUGAAGAGAUAGCAAUAGUGGAAUCCAAUCAACUGUCAAUUAGCGAAGAUGAAGUUCACAGUUCUCAUUCAGAAGAUGAUUCAGAUGUCUUAGAUUAUGCAUUCAGCAAUCCUGACGUUGAUGUUCCAUAUAAAGAACGACAAGGAGACAUAGAGGAGGAUAAAAAUGAUUCGAGAAGCUCAACUGGAAGGAUUACAAGAUCCAAACAACCCAAAAUCGAAAAUAGUGUUCGAAGGAUAAGUAAGGAUUCCAGUGAUGAUGAAUUUUGGGACACCAUACCUGGGGAAGACAUUGAUUUUAAAGCAGCAUCGAAUAAGCCAGCAGAAAAAGAACUGGAGCCUGUCACAGAUCUAAUCAAGAAAACCACAAGAUCGAUAAAUAUCACUAAGAAGGAAUCAAUUGAUACGAAAGAGCAGAAGAGUAGACUUAAUGAAGGAUCAUCAGAAAAUGGUCCCGCUGAAAUUGAACAUGGACCCAAUGAAUCAACAAGCUUGAAAGAAAAGGACACAACAAUAGAAUCCACUAGUAUUUCACUUAUAGUAAGUUCCGAUGAGGAUUCAGAAGUUGAUGAGAUGUCAUCGUCUUCUUUUGAGGUCACAGAGGACUUUUUUUCAGAUGAAGAUGAUCUGGUAGAACUCACGUCAGUGAAAACUCGUAAAAACGUGAAUAAAGUUCCAGCUAGAAGAAGUGUUUCGAAUCAAAAAUCAAAAUCUGCGGAAACCUCAAUCAAAAAGACUCCAUCAGUCGAACCAGAACACAAGUUGAAGUCUAAACAGAAGCCAGUCCUACAUAACAACAUAUCUUUUGAUGAUGAUAGGUUUGAACAAAUACUUAAAUCUCCCAAGAAGUUAAGCAAAAGAAUUAAAAUGAAGCAAGCUGAUUCUCCAUCUCCCACAUCAACACAUGAUAUUUCCAAUCAUAACUUAGGUGACUAUGAGGAAGACAAACUUGACUUUUUGGAACAGAAUAUAAAGUUGCAUGCUCCAAAGAGUAAAUCACCCGAGGAAUUAAACUCCAAAUUGUCUAAGAAAGAUAAAUUGCUAGAUUCGUUGUCUAAUAUUUUAAAGCCUACCAACUUAACAAAGCUCCCAGGACCUGCGCCUAUUUCACCCAUAAAGAAGAUUCCACAGAAGAAACAAAAACAGCCUGUGGUUAAGAAUUUGUUGGAUUUCUCUUCUGUGUUUGAUGUUGGAGAUGGCGAAUUUGAUGCCAAUACUGUUAUGCAAAAGACAAAGAAAGGUGAUGAUGCCUCCAGGCCAAAAAAAUUGGCUGAGGAGGAGCCUGUAAUUGACAUUGCUCAAGAAAGAAGCACCAGUAAUGAAGACAUUUUGGACGAAAUAGAUGAUAACCUGAAAAAAGUGGAUACAAUUGAGGAAAUUAAAGAGUCUACCCCAAUAGAAACAGAGGUGCCAGAAGAAUCUGCAUUAAACCGUGACGAGCUUAAAAUGGGAUUAAAGGAUAUUUCUGCAAACUUACACGUUGACGAGCAUGUUGUGACAGAAUCUGAUGUGAAGGAGCUCGAUCUAAGUAAUGAGAAAGAUAUUUCUCAAAGACAUGAGACUACUCAUCCGCAAAUACAAACUUCAGCGAAGGAAGAAAUUGUUCAAAUUGAGGAUAAGGAGUCUGUCCUGGAUAAAUUGGAGAAAUUCGAUGAUGAAAAGCAAGAAAACAUAGAGGAAUAUUCACAAGAAGAGAAUAACUUGGGUAUAUUAGUAGAUGAAGUGCAAGAGAACGAAAAGGAAAUUACAGAAGAAAUUAAAAAAUUGGCUGUGGAAAGUAGUACACCUCAGUUGAAGCAAGUGGAUAGAGUGCAGAAUAUUGACGUGAAGUCAACGAUUGAAAAUUCACACGACAACGACAACGACAAAGAGAAUAAAGAUGAAAGCAAAAAAGUUAAAAGCCUUUCCUGGAAACCGGAAGUACUUGCAGAGGCACCAAAUAUUUUUCGAGAGCAUUCGCUAACAACUGCAACUCCAAUUAAAGAGAUAAGGUCUAUUCCUUUGGCAUCAUCAAAUUCAAAUAAGUCAGCGGAUUUUUCCAAAUCUAACCUCGAAACCCCUUCCAAGCGCUCGCUCAUAAGCUCGGCCAAACCCAGAGAUAUAGGGCAUUCUUCUAGAUUAAAAUCAUCACCAUCCAAUUUUCCUGAAACUUCUCCACUAGGCCAAAAUUCACAGACGUCAAGAUUAAGUGAAAGCUCGACUACAAGCAAACGUUCGAGGGAUGAUUUGGGUGUUCAUGACAUUGAAGAAGAAACAUCGAAAAAAAUCAAGCUUGAAAAGCAGAAUAUAGCAGAUGUUAUUGAAUCUAGUACCCCUCAAAGACAAUUCACUCAGAAAAUACCUGACACAUCAGGUAUGAAUUCAAUAAAAUUAUCCACAGGAUGGAGAGAGGCUUCAUUUGCCAGAUUGCUUGAUAAUUUGAGCAAUAUGGAGACCACCUCAGACUACUUGCAUUCGUUAUCUAAUUCGAAAUAUGAACUUAAUGACGAUUAUGACGGAGAAUUAACAUCUUUCAUUUCUAACAUGCCCGAAGACGAGGAAGAGAUGACAUUGCAACAGUGGAUAAGGUCCAAUGCUGGAAAUUGCAGAAAAUUGCUAGAACAGGUUUGUUUUGAAAUGAUUGCUAGCUAUAGGAAGGAAUGUGACCGAGCAAUAAGAGUAUUGGAAGAAAUGCCAGAAGUGGACGAGUGA